UCGACAUGUUUUCAUUUUACUCCAGAAGAUAAACAGAAAUAGCCAGGCAUAAUCUAUUCCCAUUCAAUUCUUCAAGUGGAUAAGAAAUCCCAGGUCAAUAUAUCCUUUGAAAAUCUAUAAAUAGGAAAAGCGAUUCGGGGAAUUUCAAGUUUGGAUUGGUAGCAGUAGACAUGGCAACAACUGUUUUAGGUCGUCUGUCUCAGAGCAUAUGCCCAACAAGAACUCAAAUUGCAAAUACAAAUGCGAAGGCAGAUGCGCUGAGUUUCAGCAAUUCCCAGUUUUUGAGGGGCGCUACUCUCAAGAUGGCAUGCUGCUCUCCUUUCACUGCUACCAAGCUUGUGACCAAAAAAACCUCUGUCAUUCAAAUUGUUGCAAGUCGAGUCUGCCCUUUUACUGGCAAGAGGUCAAACAACGCAAACAAGGUAUCCUUUUCUAAUAAGAAGACCAAAAAAUUACAAAUGGUCAAUCUACAGUACAAGAGAUACUGGUGGGAAACAGGUAAACGAUUUGUUAAAUUGAGAUUAUCAACCAAGGCAAUUAGGACAAUUGAAAAGAAUGGGUUGGAUGCCACAGCCAAGAAAGCUGGUAUAGACCUGAGAAAAAUGUGAGAUUUGUGCUGGUGCAUCAAAUUAAUACUUAAUGCAUGUAUUUUUGGAGAAAGAGAGACAAGCUUAUUAAAAUAUAGACUCAAAUUUUCAGGAACUUCAAUUCUUGAAGAUCAAUGUUUCUGUGAAUCUAUAUCCAGAUUUUAAAAUAUUCUGUGGAUGACUGAAAAUUCAGGGCACUUUUAUCAGGGAGACAGUCACUGAAGUUCGUAAAAGAAUUAGUGCAUUCUUGAUUGUUUGAAGCACCUUAACAUUUCUCCCAUCUGGGUAUGAUCGGAAUAUAUGGCGUUUCGAGAAUUA